CCUCCCCCAGUUCUCCAGGCUCAGGUACAGGGUGGGAUGAGGAAUGAACGACUUUGACGGGAAGGUGUGAGCAAACGGGGGAGAUCUGUUCUUGACUGUCGAGAGACCCCUGGCGUUUUCAGCUAAAAGGGAAGGAGAGCGCUGGGAAUCCAGGGAGGCGAGGGAAUCGUCCGGAAGUCCGGGAAGGCGCCUAGAGCAAAAGGCCGGUCGACUUCUCCGGAGCAGACCAGCGUCCCGAGCAAGGCCGGCGGACGCCUCACCAGCGCACACAUCAGCGUGAGGGGCGGGCUCCUCCGGCGGAAGCUGUAUCCAGCAUGCUCCAGGGCUACAGCUCCGUGCUCCAGGCCUUGCUGGGGACCUUCUUCACAUGGGCAAUGACAGCAGCCGGAGCGGCUCUUGUGUUCAUAUUCUCCAGUGGACAGAGGCAGAUCUUAGACGGAAGUCUGGGCUUUGCAGCAGGGGUCAUGUUAGCAGCUUCCUAUUGGUCUCUGCUAGCACCAGCGGUUGAGAUGGCCACGUCCUCAGGGGGCUUCGGUGCCUUUGCCUUCUUCCCAGUGGCUGUUGGUUUCACCCUGGGAGCUACUUUUGUUUACCUGGCUGACCUCCUGAUGCCUCACCUGGGUGCUGCAGAAGACCCCCAGACGGCCCUGGCACUGAACUUGGACCCUGCAUUGUUGAAGAAGUCUGAUCCUGAGGGCCCCACCACACAGCUCUUCCCCGAGAGGGAACUUUCCAUCCGGAUAGGUAGCACUGGGCUUCUUUCAGACAAGAGUGAGAAUGGCGAGGUAUACCAGAGGAAGAAAGUGACAGCUGCUGGCCUCCCAGAGGGCGCUGCCCUCUCAGGGUCAGUGCAAGAGAACCCAGGGCAGCCUGGGGUCAGCAGCUGGAGGAGGAUCGCUCUGCUCAUCCUGGCCAUCACCUUACACAACGUUCCAGAGGGUCUUGCUGUUGGUGUAGGAUUUGGAGCCAUAGAAAAGACUGCAUCUGCCACCUUUGAGAGUGCCAGGAAUCUGGCCAUUGGAAUUGGGAUCCAGAAUUUUCCAGAGGGCCUGGCUGUCAGCCUCCCUCUUCAUGGAGCAGGCUUCUCUACCUGGAGAGCUUUCUGGUAUGGGCAGCUGAGCGGCAUGGUGGAGCCGUUGGCUGGGGUCUUUGGAGCCUUUGCGGUGGUGCUGGCUGAGCCUGUCCUUCCCUAUGCACUGGCCUUUGCCGCUGGUGCCAUGGUCUACGUGGUCAUGGAUGACAUCAUCCCGGAAGCCCAGAUCAGUGGCAAUGGGAAGCUGGCAUCCUGGGCCUCCAUUCUGGGCUUCGUGGUGAUGAUGUCACUGGAUGUGGGCCUCGGUUAACUCUGAAAACUGUGGGACCCCCACGAAGGAAAGCGCCUGGCUUCUGCAGGACCAUGGGCCUCUUUCUUCAUGUUAAAAAUCUUGUUCUUCUCUCCCCACCAUCUCCUUACCUAGAUCACCUCUGAUUAUGUUUUGACUUUUCAUUUUAUUUUGGAGGGGGAAGCUGAUUUCCAUUGUAAUCUCAAGAUGUCAUAAAACUGUAGAUGUAUGUUUGGGCCACUGAGUGGAAGGAAUCUUUCCUCAGUGGGAUUGUCAAGGUAACCGCUACUUGUCCCGCCUCCAGUCUCCCUCCUUAGACUCAACUUCAGCUUCUCGGGAUUACCUUCAGAAGUCAGCUCUUGAGGCGCAAGUCCUGAGCAUGUUGGCCGAGGGUUUUAGAGCAGGUGGCCAGGGCCCCUCGUGCUCCUUCACCAUGGACCCUCUGUCCACCUAGAAUGCCAGGACAGGAGCAUUGUGAACACAGAAGCCUGAUGUCCAACGCUGAGCCAGCUCACACAGGGUCUGCUUCCUCCUGGGAGAUAUGCAUGGGAGGGCCCACACAUGGAGAGAAGGAAGUCAGCUAGUCUCUCUCUCUUGUCCUAAGGCAAAGAUUGGCAUUACUGAAGUCAGAGAAAUUUGGAUGUCAGGGUGACCCAGUGCUCUGUGAAAAGCGGUGUGAGUAUGGUUUUAAGCUGAGGCUGCUGUUCUUUGUAGCUGACAAGAGCAGAGCACUCAGCCAUGGCUCCUAGAUCUCCUAGCUAUUAAUCUUGUUGUGUUUACAGCCUUUGUUUUCCUGAGAGACUUGUGGACACCAGCAGAUUGCAACUGCUCAGUCCCCUCAUUUAUCAAAAGAGUUACUUAAGUUAACUCUAGUGAUUGAGUGACAUUUGGAGUCUGUCAAGGCUCCUUCUCUGCUAGCCAUUUGGAAACUUACAACCCCACCCAAAGCCCCUGAUCUGCAGCAGGCUUUGUUUGCAUCUGGCCAGAGGGCUUUGAAUGGGAAAAGGAAAGAGGGCAGGAAGAGGUGUUUUUUUACAUUUAUUUUCUCAGAAAACUUAACAUUCCGAGAUGAUCCUGAAAAUGACUGGAUGUAGAUUUUAUGCUAACCUACUCCAUCAUCAGUUCUCCCAAAAGAGCUGAGGCCUGAGCCCUUCAUGGUCAGAGGAGUGUGUGGGACUUAGAGCGGGCUCUACCUGGGAGCCAGGUAUCCAGGCACUGGGUUUUCUGUAUCUGCUCUGUGUGUUUACAUGCUCCAUCCCACCAAGGGUGAAUAUCGUAGUCUGUGAAUGCUCAAGAUCCCAAAGGCCAACCUCAGCAGGAUGUGUGUCCAUUCUUCUAAAGCACUGGUGAUCAAAAUCAAAGACACAUGCAGAAAUUUGAUUGGUUGGGGUUAGCCGGUUUGGUGAUUGGCACUUAGGUCUCUGUGUGUAGUUCUGUUCUCUUACUACAAUUCAUCCUUUCUGCUGGAUAAGACCUCGUAACUGUGAUUAAUAUCAAUAAAGGGAAUUUUGUUGUGCACAA